GCGGGCGUCGGGUCGGGGCGGCACGCCGGCCACGAGGAGCGGGCGGGCCCGCGUUGCAAACAUGUCAGAUCAGGAACAUCUGAUGAAUUCAUUGAAGAAGGAAGUAAGAUCACUCUUAACACCAGUCAAGGAAGGCCUCACUCCUUUCCAGUUAGAACAGGAAUACAGAUGGAUGAUAGGAGAGCAGUUUCCAUAUCGGGCUCUGGGCUACCAGUCUGUCAUGGAGCUGGUGAAGGAGAUGCCUGACGUCGUGAAUGUAUGCCCCAGGGGAGAUGGUGGUGUCAUCCUCAAAGCUAUUGCAGAUGAGUCCACCAAGGGGAUUGCGAGCUUGGUUGCCAAACAGAAGAGCAAACCUAAGGCACAGCCUUCCAGGCACAGGCCAAAUCUCUCUCUUCAUUCCACACCUCGCCCUGUCGUGCUUUGGCACCCCAUAAUUCCUGCAAACUUACUUCGGCGUGGCCGAGUGCCACCCAUUCUGCCAGCUGUUGUAAAAAGUGAUCUGAAGGAACUGCUGACGUUUUCCCCUGUCUUGCUGUCAGAUUUUGACAAAGCCUUUUUAAGGCACUUUGGACGGACAUUUGAGUUUCUUCGUUAUGGGUUCUUCUCUAUGUUUGAGGUGCUGAAUGCGGCUUCAGAUAUCAUCACGGUUGUACAAACAAGGGCAGGCUCCCUGUUGACUCUAAAGAAGAGCCCCUCGCCUAGGAAACCUCCAGAAAAAGUGCCUGAGUGCAAAGUGGUGACUCAGCCAGAUAAGGCAACAUUUCAGACCUCGCCUGCUGCUGUUCCAACACCUGUACUGAAGACCUCUUCUCCAACCCCUGCUCUUCCCGUUGAUAACCAAAGUCCGAUUCCAAACUGGGAAUCAGAAACUGCAUUGGUGCCAUUGAAACGGAUGGAAACCCCAUUGGUGAGACCUGAUGAGAAGAUAAGCGAACUAGAGAAAGAGAUGAAGAUAGCACUUGCUGAGAAAGGACCUGGAGGAACCGUCAGCUCAGAACUCAAGGAAAAAAUAAAAAUAAUUGUAGCACAACAUCCAGAAGGCUUGCUUGCUUCUAAAUUACCUGGUGAAUUCAAGCUGCAUUUUAAAGAAACGCUGCCAGUAAAGAUGCUGGGCUUCUUAACCCUGAUGGAGUUUGUUGGUGCCCUUAGCGAUGUUCUCCAUAUCGAACACAAAGAAGGAGAACAAGACUGGCUCAUCUUUGACAGUGACUCACAACGUUUAACAAAUGCAGAUGGACAAACGAAUCUUCAGAUUGCCCACUCGUUAGCAUGUGAGGAGACCCCGCAUGAGUGCAAGAUGCCCAGUUGGGAUUCUCCUUUGGAGGAUUCUAAAAAUCUGCAGACUAAGUUUAAUGUCGUAACCAAGAUGAAGACACCGCACUUGGGUUUGGAGGAGCCUCACAUCAUGCAGGAGAUAAUGGAAGAAGAAAUUCCCCCAGAUGCUGCCCUGGACAGACGCCUUUACAGUCUCCCCCAGUUUAGCAACAGUACAUUGGUGGGGCUAUUUGUGGAAUACAUUCUGUCUCCAUCACAGUUCUAUGUUCGAAUCUACAGUGCGGAAACCUCUGACAAGUUAGAAGACAUGAUGGUUGAGAUGAGACGGUGCUAUUCUAGUAAAAAUGUAGCUGACCGUUACGUCAUGCCUGAAGCCUGGAUCCGACCCGGCCACCUUUGUUGCGUGAGAAAUUUGGAUGACAAAUGGUGGUACCGAGUUAUCAUUCAUCAAGUGCUCAAUGAUCAGGAAGUAGAAGUGUUUUACCCCGACUUUGGAAAUAUGGAGACAGUCCACAAAUCUUCACUGAGGUUUCUCAAAUACUGUUACACAACGCUUCCUGCCCAAGCUAUCCCUUGUUCCUUAGGUUGGGUGAAACCCACAGAGGGUGACUGGACUGCCGACGCUGUGCUUGAAUUUCAGCGGUUGUGCAGGCUGAAAUUGUUGGUGGGAGUUGUGGAUGAGUACAUAGAUGGAGUCCUUUACCUUUUCCUUUGUGACACUAGCCACGAAGAAGAUAUCUACUUCCACAGUGUGCUGAGAUUAGAGGGCCAUGCACUCAUCUGCCGGGAGAACAUUCCGUCCAAGGGUUUUAAAGAGCUGAAUCCCUCUGCCUGGUAUAUCCAAUCCAUCCCAAAGGAGGAAGCUGCUUUGACAGAGCCAUCUGCUUCCUUGCUUCAGGAGGAGCUUCUUGGUAGCCCCCCAGGAGAAGAUUCAGAGGUUUGUGAGAAUGACACAGAUCUGCAGAGAUUGCACGAGAAGGGGGAGGAUUUGGCACGUUUGCAACUUGAUCAGUUGGAGCAGGGACACAACUGCUUUGCAGAUUCUUCUAAUUGUUCAUGUGACUUCAAAGAAAAAGGGCACUUGAAAGCCUGUCCUGAGAAUGCAAGCCUAGAGCAAAAUGAGCAGAUGUUGAAAGCAUCUAAGGAUUCAGGAAGCCUGUGCUCAAACCUUGAGAUGCCGUACCUGGAACCUGUGUAUUUAUGCAAAGAAAUUUGGGAUGAGAACUGGAUACCUUCCAAGUAUUAUGAAGAAAAGAAAAAGGAUGAUAGCUGGGAUAAUUUGUGCUCUGAUACUGCAGAAAAUUCCUGCCAGGCUGCAGGUGAUGAAGGAAGCAAGGAUGAGACCCGCCACAGCCAGGACGCCAUGCCACAGGAUGCAGAUGUUUCCGGUACUGUUGACAGAAUGACAUGUCUUCAUCUGGAACCCCUGAGCCAGUUCCCCCAAUCGUCUGAAGGAACAGAGACAAGCCCUCCUGGAACAGCGCCUGAUGCUUUGCCACAGACACUGGAAGAGUUUUAUGUCUCUAUUUCCCAUUCCAAGAAAUCAGGAGAGUCAGACGAAAUUGAUUUGGAUGCCAGCAAAUUAUUUGCCCGUUGCGACCAGCCUCCACCAUCAGCAUCUGCGUUACAUGGGGAAGCUUCUUUGGAGAAGAAGGGGGAUGAUUCCUCCAGGGCCCAGGCACUUGCCCUGUACCGCACUACCAGCCGUCCUGAUGACGGGACCGUAGGUUGCAACGCCUUGGUAUUCACUGCGGAGCUUCAGGGCGCCUCAAAAUUCUGUGUCCCUUGCAGCACAACAGUUGCCCUAGGAGCCUCUGCCCGCUUAGCCGCGUCGAACAGAUAUUUCUUCUUCAACCUGCUGAGGAACAUGAAGGCAUGAAGAAGGCCAGGAAGGGUCUGGAUGGCCCUGAGAAAACUUCGGUGUUCAGUGACUUUAUUGGACACAGCAGUCAAAAACCUUUUCGUUCAAAUGCUGCGUCCUAAUAGUUUGAACCCAGUUUUAGUUUGGACUUGGUGCAGACUUUGUUAUGUUUUUCCCCUGUAUUUUUCCCCCUUGUUCUCUAGUUGUGUUGACUUUCUA